GGUUACAGACACCACCCCGCUGGGCGCUCGCAGGAACUAGUCCCUGGUACCCCCACUCUAACGACGACGAGUAGGUAAAGAGUGAGGAGGGGUGCAGGGGUUCGGAUCGAGGCAGAUGCUCUCCAUCUCUUCGAAAAAAUCAGGAAGCCAACGGGUGCCAAGUCGAAUAGGAGGAAUGUUUUCUCACAAAGCCCCUACCUGGCUUUUCUUCUCAACAUCCAUUUGCCCAGUAAGCAGAGAAAGUCAGCCCAAAUUUUGCUGGGGUGUCUAGAGUUAGGAAUUUCAUGCUUUUAGAAAUCGGAGUUAGUAGGUCCAGUUAAAUGGAUUUUUAAAAAAUGGAAUCAGUAAAUCGGUAGCUUGAAUCUUUACAGUUGCUAUUCAGGAUAGCCUUUUAAGAGACUUCGGUUAUUGGGUGUGUGCUUUCUUUUUAUUUUUAAUUAAAACGUAUCGUUUGCAUGAUUACACAGGAGAGACAGCGUCCGAUGCAUUUGAUCUAUGCCUUAGACAAUCAACACGCCUGCAAAGUAUCCAGAGAUAAAGUCCCUGAUGAAACCCGAUCCCAACUUGAUCUGGAUUAUAACCAUGAUGGUUCUCACCCAGCUGGUUGCAUUCUACUUAGUGAAGGACCUGGACUGGAAGUGGGUCAUAUUUUGGGCGUAUGCCUUCGGCAGCUGCAUUAACCACUCCGUGACUCUGGCUAUUCAUGAGGUCUCCCACAAUAGUGCCUUUGGCCACUACAGAGCUAUGUGGAAUCGCUGGUUUGGCAUAUUUGCCAAUCUUCCCAUUGGCGUUCCCUACUCAAUCUCCUUUAAGAGGUAUCACAUGGACCAUCAUCGUUACCUUGGGGGGGAUGGCAUCGAUGUGGAUAUUCCCACCGAUUUUGAAGGCUGGUUUUUCUGCACCACUUUCAGAAAGUUUAUAUGGGUGGUCCUUCAGCCUCUCUUUUAUGCUUUUCGACCUCUGUUCAUCAACCCCAAACCCAUUUCUUACCUGGAAAUUAUUAAUACGGUGAUCCAGGUCACUUUUGACAUUAUAAUUUACUACGUUUUGGGAGUUAAAUCUUUGGUCUACAUGUUGGCAGCAUCCUUGCUGGGGCUAGGUUUACACCCGAUUUCUGGACAUUUCAUAGCUGAACAUUACAUGUUCCUCAAGGGACAUGAAACCUACUCGUAUUAUGGGCCUCUGAAUUUGCUCACCUUCAAUGUGGGUUACCAUAACGAGCACCAUGACUUCCCCAACAUUCCUGGAAAAAGCCUUCCACUGGUGAGGAAGAUCGCCGCUGAGUACUACGACAACCUGCCCCACUACAACUCGUGGAUUAGAGUCCUGUAUGACUUCGUGACGGAUGACACCAUAAGUCCCUACUCGAGAAUGAAGCGGCAUCAGAAAGGCAAGGUGGUCCUGGAGUGAAGGUCCUUUGAACUCAAGGAAUUCUCUGUGGAGCUUCAUGAGGGCUGCAAAGUGGGCUUUCUGCGCUAUUAAUCGAAGCCCGGCGAGGCGGAGAGGCUCCUCGUGUGGGUCCCAAGCGUGAGCCCCGCGGUCCCCGGAGCUUCCCCGGCUUCCCACCGUCAGCCUGUCCAGCCCGCGCUCAGCUUUGCUCCCACGGAGCGUGUGUGUCACAUCAUCAUUGUUGAGGACAGUUUCCCUGAUGCCUGACAUUUUGUAAGCGUAUCGUAAAGAAGCUUUAAAAAAAGCUAUUUCUAGUACAUUAUUUUCACUAUAAAGUUGUACUUUAUUAAAACAGCUAAUAAACUGAGCUAUUAAUCACAGUAGUAUUUAUCACAUUUUCAUACUUUACUGUCUUUAUAUAAUACAGUACUGGGGUGAGUUUACUUUAAAAUGCCGCCACCCCCUCUAAAAUCUGGAAAGAUCUUUCCCUAUAAGCUGAAUUUUUAACUUUUACUAUUGUAAGUGGAACUGAGACGAUACACUCCUGAAUCCUGCAGAGCCUCAUAAAUAAAUAAAGGACUUAUUGAGAUCGAUCACA